UUUCACAGCCACGUGGUCGCUAAAAAAUGGGCAAAGAGAAGAAAGCUAAACGCCAUCAGUCUCUAGCACAGCAGAUCUUGGACGGAGAUGCCCCCAGGCAGGCCCAGAGGACGAAGGUGAAGCAUGAGAAGUCUAGGGAAGAAUCUGAGUAUGUCGAAGGAGCUCUAUCGCACAAGAUUCUGGAGCAAGCUAGAGCUCAGCAAGAGGAACUUGAAGAACUGUACAGCUAUGGAGCCGCGGCUGCUAAGAAGCGCACCUCAGCUGGUGCCACCCGAACCCCGAAACUAACUAUUUCAAGCAAAGUGAAGAUGAUCAAUUCCGAUGAUGAAGACUCUGAAAAUGACGAACAAGAAUUUGCUGAAACUGAAGAACUAGAUUUUUCUCCGGUUGUGAGAGAAGAAGACGAGCGAGCUAUGGCGCUGUUUAUGAACCCUGACCCUGCACCCAGACGAACCCUGGCAGACAUGAUUUGGGAGAAAGUGAAAGACAAGGAGACGGAAAUAGCCACGCAAGUAUCCGAUGCCCAAUCUCUCAGUGCAAGUAUGGAUCCAAAAGUGGUUGAGGUUUUUCGAGGAGUAGGCGUCAUCUUAUCAAAAUAUCGAUCAGGAAAACUGCCCACAGCAUUCAAAGUGAUACCAUCUCUGUCUAAUUGGGAGGAAGUCCUCUACCUAACGUGUCCCGAUACCUGGACUGCUGCCGCCAUGUUUCAAGCCACUCGAAUUUUCGCUUCCAAUUUGAAUGCCAAGAAAGCACAACGGUUUUUCAACCUUGUACUCUUACCCAGAAUCAGGGACGAUAUUUCCGAGUACAAACGACUCAAUUUUCACCUUUACAUGUCCCUCAAGAAGUCGUUGUACAAGCCUGCCGCAUUCUUCAAAGGGAUUCUACUUCCGCUGUGUGAAUCUGGGACCUGUACUCUCCGCGAGGCUCUCAUCAUCAGCAGUGUCAUGGCGAGGAUCAGUGUGCCCAUGCUACAUUCAAGUGCUGCACUGUUGAAAAUGGCCGAAAUGGAUUAUACCGGUGCAAACAGCAUCUUUAUUCGAACUCUCCUUGAUAAGAAAUAUGCUCUCCCGUAUCGCGUCAUUGAUGCAAUCGUUUUCCAUUUUGUUCGCUUUACAAGUGACCCAAGAGACUUACCCGUUUUAUGGCAUCAGUGUUUGCUGACAUUUGUGCAGAGGUACAAGGAGGACAUGUCAGUGGAGCAGAAAGAAGCACUAGUUGAACUGAUUCGACAUAAAACACACCACGGAAUAACUUCUGAAGUUAGAAGAGAAAUUGUUAACUCUAAAUGUCGUGAUUUAGGACAGACUUUUGUUAGUAGAACUCUGGUUUCUGAAAUGUGCAUGCAUACUGAUUAGGUUGCUUUAUUUUAUUUUAUGUGAUUUUUUGUCAAUCUUGUGUCAUUAUAAUUAUUAUUCGCUGUA